UGUGCUGCAAGAAAGGUCUAGGUUUCUGUUUGAAACAGAACUAUCGAAAUUCCGAACACGAGAUUCUUAUUACAUGUGUCCUUCCUUUAUUGUAUCAAUUCUUAUUACUUUUAGACGGAAGCUGAUCCAGCUCCGACCAACCAAGUUUUUUUUUUCUUUUGUUGCGUAUGCAUCGCACGAUUUCUAGACUUGUAUUAUAGUAACUAUAAUCAUGAUAUAUUUUAUAAUAUAGCAAAUCAUGCCGCUAAUAUACGGUAGAAGUUACCUAAUAUGUGGAAGUAUUGUUGCCUAAUAGUUAAGGUUAAAUGAUUCUACGUCUAGGUAUGAGAUUCGAAUUAUCAAAGGUUCUAAAGUACUAUAGAUUGGUUGUUUGCUGCGGAGAGAAUAUAUUAAUCGAGAAUGUCGAACAAUAGUUUGUGGAUCUAAAAAGAGCUUAAUCGUAGAAUUACUAUCAUGGAGUUGUUCAUCAAUAGUAUAUGUUGCAGGUUGUUUAUCAUAAUAUCUAAUAAAAUGAAAAAUUAUAUGACAUGUAAUUGUUAUCUAAGUGUUAAAAAAAUAGCUAAUAUUGGUAGUCAAGUUUCAAUAAUUCUAUAAAAAAAAAAGUUAAAGCUAGGUGGGAAUUAGAUGAGAUUAUCGAGCUGAUACGUAUCCAAAAAGAUUUGAAUAAUGAAUUGUGGAAUUAAAUGUUUACCAAACUCUGACCUAACUAAUCUACACGAUUUGAAAUCUGAAUCUCAACCUAGUAUAGGUUUAGAAGUGGUCAAAUCAAAUCGAUUCGAUAUGAACCGAAGAAAAUGUGAUCUAAACUAAUUUAAAAAAAUAUAUAUAUUCAGCAGUUGAAAGUUUUUAUUAGUGCUUGUACACGAAAAUUAUGAAACUGAAUCUCUUUGCAAUCUAUUAUCAUUUAUACAAAUUAAUAUAAAAUACAAAUUUAUUAGAAAAUUGAACUUUAUAUAAAUAAAUAAUAAAAAUGUACAUUCAUAUUUAUAUAUCUAUACUCUUAUUUGAAAAGUAAUUUUACUCAUUUAUCAUAUUCUCUGUCAUUUUAAACACAAAUCAUUAAUUUUAAUAAACAAAUAGGUGUUUUCCUGCACCAUGUGCAACAAUAAAAUUUUAAAUUUAAAAAUAAAAUUUGUUAAUGUUUUAGAUUUUACUAUUUUAAACCAAUAUUUUAAUAUAAAUACUAAUUUAGUUAAAUAUAAAAUUAAUAAUUUAAUUUAUUUAAAAUUAUAUUUAAGUUAUAUUUAAAAUCAUAAUUUAGAUAUAUUUUUAUUUAUUUAUUUUGGUUAAGAUAUAUUAAAUUAACUUGUAUAAAAUAAAAUAAAAUUGAUAUUAUUUUUUAUAAUUAUCAAAAUAUAAAACCAAACAUUAUUUCUAAAAUAUGUAGAUAUCAAAAUUGUAUAACAUUUCAAAAUCUUGUUAAUAAUAAAAAUUGUAUAAUUAUAAAAUAUACUUAAAUAAUAUUUCAAAAAAUUUAAGAUAUUUCAUAUUUCUAUUAUCAUAUUAUCUAAUGACAUAUUUUAAUAGAUUUAUUUUAAUGAUGAUACGAGUUAUUACCAUAUUAUUAAAAGUUACCAAAAAUAAAAUUUAAAAGUAAAUGUAGUAUGUCAUAUCACAUUUAACUAUAAGUCAUGUUACCAAUUCUAGUAUAUCAUAUUACAUUUUUUUGGUAAAAAUAAUUGUAGAGAUGACAUGUGUUAAAUCAUUUCAUAAAUAAUGUUCUCAAUAUUGUCUAGGGGAUUUUUUAGACUAUAUAAUAUUUGUGUGUUCAAAGUUUUAAGUUAACAACAACAAAUGCGUACUUAUCCAUUGACUUUGUUACUGGAAGUCAAAAUCGGUUAAACCGGGUUUUGCGCUGAACCAUCGGGAAGCUAACGACGGCGAUGCAGAUAUGCGUUUCAAGCUUCACGACGUUCACAUCCGUCGUACAAUCUCUUCUUUAGCCGAAUCCUACACUUCUCCAGCUUCGGUCAGCUCCGGAAUCAGAGCCUUAGUUCAGAAAGCAGAGUAUCUACAAGCUCUGCAUCUAUACACUAACCAUGACAACUCUUCUCCACUGUGCACUUCCGUCUUCACAUUCCCUUCUCUUCUCAAAGCUUGCUCUUCUCUUCAAAACCUCGCUUACGGCAAAACCAUUCACGCUUCGAUCAUCCUGUUGGGUUUGCGACAAGACCCUUUCGUUGCGACUUCGCUUGUCAAUAUGUACGUAAAGUGUGGAUCUUUAGAUAAUGCCGUCCAAGUGUUCGACGGUUUGUCUCGGUGUGGAGAUGUCACGGUUUGGAACUCUUUGAUUGAUGGGUACUUUAAAUUUCGUAGAUACAAGGAUGGGUUUGAUCUGUUUCGUCGAAUGGUGGUGGUGGGUGUGAGACCUGAUGCGUUCUCGUUGUCCAUUUUGUGUAAAGGAGGAGACUUUAGGAGGAGAGAGGGAAAACAGAUUCAUGGGUAUAUGGUGAGGAACUCUUUAGGUGAUGACUCGUUCUUGAAAACUGCUUUGAUUGAUAUGUAUUUCAAGUUUGGGUUAGGGACAUACGCGUGGCGUGUGUUUUUGGAGGUUGAGGAUAAGUCGAAUGUUGUUCUGUGGAAUGUGAUGAUUGUUGGGUUUGGUGAUAGUGGGAGCAGUGAAUGUAGCUUGGAGUUGUAUGUGCUGGCUAAGAGUAACAGUGUCAAGCUUGUUUCCACUUCUUUCACUGGGGUUCUUGGUGCAUGUGGUAGAAGUGAGAAUUUUGUUUUUGGUAGACAGAUACAUUGCGACGUGGUGAAGAUGGGACUUGACAAUGACCCUUAUGUUUGUACUUCUCUGCUGUUAAUGUAUUCAAAGUGUUGUAUGGUUGGUGAGGCAGAAACUGUGUUCAGUUGCAUUUUGGAUAAGAGACUUGAAAUAUGGAACGCGAUGGUUGCAGCUUAUGCAGAGAAUGGUUAUGGACACGGUGCUUUGGAGUUGUUCAGUUUGAUGAGAGAGGAUCGUGUCUUGCCUGAUUCUUUUACCUUGUCAAAUGUUAUAUCCUGUUGCAGCAUGUUAGGGUUGUAUGACUAUGGCAAAUCAGUCCAUGCGGAACUGUUUAAGAGACCCAUACAAAGCACGCCUGCAAUAGAGAGUUCUUUACUCACUCUGUACUCUAAAAGCGGAUGUGAUACUGAUGCCUAUUUAAUCUUCAAGUUAAUGGAAGAGAAAGAUGUGAUUGCGUGGGGCUCCCUAAUCUCAGGACUUUGCAAGAAUGGGAAAUUCGAAGAGGCUCUGAGAGCUUUUGGGUCCAUGAAAGAUGAUGAUGAUAGGCUAAAACCUGAUUCUGAUAUUAUGACCAGUGUUAUAAACGCAUGCGCAGGAUCAGAGGUUCUUACUCUUGGCCUCCAAUUUCAUGGUGGAAUGAUUAAAACUGGUCUAGUGCUGGAUGUUUUUGUUGGCAGCUCCCUUAUCGAUCUGUAUUCCAAGUGUGGCUUACCAGAAACGGCUUUCAAAGUUUUCACUAGCAUGAGAACGGACAACAUUGUUGCCUGGAACUCAAUGAUCUCUUGCUACAGCCGAAACAGCCUUCCUGAACUAUCUAUAGAACUUUUCAGUCUAAUGCUCAAUCACGGUGUCUUCCCAGAUUCAGUAUCCAUCACAAGUGUCCUUGUUGCAAUCUCAUCAACUGCAAGCUUGCUUAAAGGGAAGAGCCUACAUGGUUAUACAUUAAGACUCGACAUUGCUUCAGAUACUCACCUGAAAAACGCUUUGAUUGAUAUGUAUGUAAAGUGCGGGUUGUCCAAGUAUGCAGAGAAUAUCUUCAGGAAAAUGGAGCAUAAAAGCCUGAUCACUUGGAAUCUAAUGAUAUAUGGUUAUGGAUCCCAUGGAGAUUGUCAUAGAGCAUUGAGUCUGUUCGAUGAGAUGAAGAAGGCAGGAGAAUCGCCAGACGAUGUGACGUUCCUGUCUUGGAUUUCAGCCUGCAGUCAUUCGGGUUUUGUCCAGGAGGGUAAAAACAUUUUUGAGAUCAUGAAACAAGACUAUGGCAUUGCACCAAAAAUGGAGCAUUAUGCAAAUAUGGUGGAUCUUCUAGGACGUGCCGGUCACUUAGAAGAAGCUUACAGUUUCAUAAAAGCAAUGCCUAUUGAGCCAGACAGUAGUAUAUGGCUCUGCCUCUUAUCUGCGUCGAGAACUCAUCAUAAUCUGGAGCUUGGGAUAUUGUCCGCUGAGAAGUUGCUGAGGAUGGAACCGGAAAGAGGUGGUAACUAUGUUCAGUUAAUUAAUCUUUACAUGGAAGCAGGAUUGAAGAAAGAAGCGGCUAACUUGUUGAGAGAGACGAAGGAGAAAGGGUUGCAGAAAAAUCCAGGUUGUAGCUGGAUUGAAGUGAGCAAUCUCACUCAUGUUUUCUUUUCAGGAGGUUCUUCAUCUCUAAUGACGUCUGAGAUCUUUAAUGUAUUGAAUAGCUUAAAGAGUAACAUGACAGAUGAGGAUGAGGUGACUUGAACAAGAUAAUGUAAUUCCGAGAAUGGUGACUUUACAUCAUUCAUACUUCUCAGAAACACACACAAAACACUCUCUGUGGCAGUGUAGAGUAAAAAUAGACAUUCUUGGGGAUUCAAAUGAAUGA